CGACCUUUUGGCGCAGAUCUAGGAUCAGCUUUCCUCCACAUCCUGUAACCAUAACGAUCAUUGGGGAGAACCACCAACGCCGAUCUAAGAUCAGUGUUUAUGGCUUCAGCGCGACACCUUCUAUCCCUGCGGAGCCUGGAUUGAAGCACAUGUGCGCAGUCCCCUCCCUUUCUCCCGGGAAGUAGUAUUUACCGCAGCCCAACUGCGGGUUGGGAACAUUCAGGAGCUCAUCAUCUGAACAGAAUGCAGCUCACAGGGAUCAGUCUCUCCAGCCUCUUCAUCCAGUCAAGCGUUUAUUUGGCACCGAUAAUGAAGUGUAUCUGAAGAGCGAAUUGUGAAACGUUGAUCUUCUGUUUUUAUAUUGAUUUUUAUUUGUUUACAUUUUAUUAUGUUAGUGUUAUUACAUAUGUUGACUUUGGACUAAACACAGCGGACUCGCGUUGUUUGGUGUGCUAGUGAUUUGGUGCUCGUGCUUGAGCCGUGUAUCUGGAUGAAAUAAGAGUUUGAGGUUCUAAAACUAGACAUCAGUGGCGUGUUUUUCGGUGUGUCCCCGAUCGUGGUCAGUGCUGUACAGCGGUUCAUGGUCACCCGUGCGUAACCAAUCACAUGGCCGCUCUGGAGUGAAGCAAGCCUCGCCACAGAACCACAGGUCGACCCACUCCCGUCCUCCACAUCGCAGCGAUGCCUCCCGGUGUUGUAGCCCCGUCUCCACGGAGCUCUCCGGUCCGGUGCUUCUACGCCUUGACACCGUACUUCAUAGAGGACUCUGUCAUCUCCCAGAGCAAGAUUGAUCAGCUUAUCAGUGAGAGCUUCCUGACAGUGAAAGGCGCCGCCCUCUUCCUGCCCCGGGGAAAUGGCUCCUCCCCUACUUCUGCUUCCCGCUUCGCUCAGCUCCGCAGCAAACAUGCAGGUGACCUCCAGCAGCACCUGCAGACCAUGUUCACUCUCCUCCGACCAGAGGACAACAUCAAACUGGCUGUCCGGUUGGAGAGUACCGUGUACCAGGGGACUCGUUACAUGGUGGUGGUCUCCACUAACGGCCGUCAGGACACUGAGGAGAGCUUGGUGCUGGGUAUGGACUUCAGUCCUGCAGACAGCUCGUGCUCGGUGGGGCUGGUUCUCCCUCUAUGGAGCGACUCACUGAUACACCUGGAUGGAGACGGGGGUUUCAGUGUGUCCACUGAUAACCGGAUCCAUGUAUUCAAGCCUGUGUCGGUGCAGGCCAUGUGGUCUGCUCUGCAGUCGCUCCACAAGGCGUGUGAGGUGGCUCGUUGCCAUAACUACUUCCCCGGCAGCCUGUUCCUGACCUGGGUCAGCUACUACCAGAGCCGGGUCUCCUCUGACCAAUCACGCAUCAACGAAUGGAACGCCAUGCAGGACGUCCAAUCACAUCGUGCCGACUCUCCCGUGAUGUUCUCUGACGUGCCGACGGAGAGAGAGAGGACAGAGCGGCUCAUCAAGACUCGUCUGAGAGAGAUCAUGAUGCAUAAAGACCUUGAGAAUGUCACCUGCAAAGAGAUCCGCACAGAGCUGGAGGUGCACAUGGUGUGUAACCUGUGUGAGUUUAAGGAGUACAUAGACAAGGAGAUGAUUCUGAUCCUGGGUCAGAUGGACAGUCCCACCGAGAUAUUUGACCAUGUUUGCCUGGGCUCUGAGUGGAACGCAUCCAAUCUGGAAGAGCUGCAGAACAGUGGUGUGCAGUAUAUUCUGAACGUGACGAGGGAGAUUGACAACUUCUUCCCAGGUGUGUUUGAGUAUCAUAACAUCCGUGUGUAUGAUGAGGAGGCUACAGACCUGCUGGCCUAUUGGAACGACACCUACAAGUUCAUCUCCAGAGCCAGGAAAGCAGGAGCUAAGUGUUUGGUUCACUGUAAGAUGGGUGUGAGUCGCUCUGCGUCCACGGUGAUAGCCUACGCUAUGAAGGAGUACGGCUGGGACCUGGAGAGAGCAUUCAACUACGUUAAGGAGCGCCGUGCUGUCACCAAACCUAACCCCUCCUUCAUGAGACAGCUAGAGGAGUACCAGGGCAUACUGCUGGCCAGUAAGCAGAGACACAACAAGCUGUGGCGUUCCCACUCGGACAGUGACCUAUCGGAGCACCACGAGCCACUAUGUAAGACCGUCCAACACCCCCACACCCUGGGCCGCUCCGACCCUCGUAACCAGGGUAACAGCCCCGCCGCCCCCUCCCUGCAGGAGCUGCUGCAGCCGCUGGGAUCCCCCUCCAACACGGGCCAGGUGGUGCGGUCCAUCUCUGAGUGUGGGACCCCUUCUAGUGCAGGGAAGGUGGUACAGUCCAGUAGCCUGCCCAAUGCUACUGCUACCCAGGAGAAUAUUCUGGACACUAACCAGGAGACUAGGACUGAUGCUCUGUUGACUUCCACAACUGGGGACCAGUCAUUGGGUACUGGAGACCAGUCAUUGGGUACUGGAGACCAGUCAUUGGGUAGUGGGGACCAGUCAUUGGGUAGUGGGGACCAGUCAUUGGGUACUGGAGACCAGUCAUUGGGUAGUGGGGACCAGUCAUUGGGUAGUGGGGACCAGUCAUUGGGUACUGGGGACCAGUCAUUGGGUACUGGGGACCAGUCAUUGGGUACUGGAGACCAGUCAUUGGGUAGUGGAGACCAGUCAUUGGGUACUGGGGACCAGUCAUUGGGUACUGGAGACCAGUCAUUGGGUACUGGGGACCAGUCAUUGGGUAGUGGGGACCAGUCAUUGGGUAGUGGGGACCAGUCAUUGGGUACUGGAGACCAGUCAUUGGGUACUGGAGACCAGUCAUUGGGUACUGGAGACCAGUCAUUGGGUACUGGAGACCAGUCAUUGGGUACUGGAGACCAGUCAUUGGGUACUGGGGACCAGUCAUUGGGUACUGGGGACCAGUCAUUGGGUACUGGGGACCAGUCAUUGGGUACUGGGGACCAGUCAUUGGGUAGUGGAGACCAGUCAUUGGGUACUGGGGACCAGUCAUUGGGUGCUGGGGACCAGUCAUUGGGUGCUGGGGACCUGUCAUUGGGUACUGGGGACCAGUCAUUGGGUACUGGAGACCAGUCAUUGGGUACUGGGGACCAGAAUCCUUCAACAGCAGCAGCAACUACUGCCUCCACUGGUUCCCAGGCCCAUGGGGAGUCUGUGUGUUCCCAGUCACCCCCUCUCUCCAACGGCCUGUGUGAUUAUGAAGAGGACCACUCAACCCCUCUCCCUCAGCCGCGGGCGGCCACCGUGGUGCCUGACAGUUCCACUGUCACCGUGGCGGAGACCGUGCCGGUCAGGCGCCCUCAUCCGCCCCCUAUCCAACACCACCUUGUCUCCCCCGCCGCCCUUCCAACCUCCUCCGAUGAAGACGAGACUCCGAAAGCCAAGGAGCCAUCCACCACCUUGCCUAAGGAAAAAUACUGCCAGCUGCAGGUGACACCAUCCGUGCCUGAGUCAUCGUCGAUGACCCCGGAAACAAGCACACAAACAGCAGGACCACAAGAGCCGUCCACACCAGUGCCUGACAAGAAACUAGACUGUGACCAGCGGUUACCUGGGGCAUCAUUGGACAGUUCAGCAUCCCAACAGGACCCUGCUCUCGAGGCGGAGAGGUCCUCGGCUCUCAGCACAGACCACAUCAACUUCUUCAGCGCCAGAGAGAAGUUCCAGGGCCUUUGACUCAGGAUGGGAGGACCCGUUGCCUUUCUGAUCAGGCACUGCAGCAGACACCUCAGCCCAUACCCAGGGAUCCAGGACAGGAGCAGCAGCAGGAGGACCCCUCUGUUGUGGCGACUGGGGAGGGAGAGGGAGGAGGAGGAGGUCGAGGAGAGGAAGAGGGAGAGCAUUGUCUCUGUUCACCUCAUAGUCACAGAACUGGAGUCCAUGACGCACACCGUGGCCCCUCCCCCUGGCCCUCCCAGCCAACCAGAGCCUACUGCUUCCCAGGACCACGCAGUGGGUCAGUCAAACCAGGAAGUAGAGGGCAAAGAUGCAGAGUCACAACAGGAAGUGGACGUUGUCAAAGAAGAAGUGAAGGACGAAGCAGAAGAGAUGGAAGCAGUCUCCCACUCUGCUGAUUGGGCGAUGGGCUCUGUGCGCCGCGUCACCCAACAGCUGGAGCAGCGAAUGAGGCAGGACUCCCCUUCCCCACCUCCACCUUCCCUCCCCCCACCCACCCCCAUCGUCGCUCCCCUCUCUUACCUCACUCAAGAGAACACUCCCCUCCUGCCUCUAACCCCUUGCCAGAGACAAACUCCAACCCCCAGAAUGCACCACUCGGCCCGCAGGGGUCAGAGGUUAGCACUGUGCAGGAAAAGGGUGGGGGCUGCAGUCCUAUGGAGGAAGAUGGAGGACAGGAGGCUUGGAGAGGUUUACAUGAAGACAGUGUUCAAAUGCACAAACACAACCUUAGUGAUGGCAGCCUUGCAUCUACCCUCCACCCUACCCCCAUGACCCCCAACAGUCUUCCCCCAUGACCCCCCAACACUCUUCCCCCAUCACCCCUCUCCAUCCUACCCUAAACUCCGCCCUCGCCUCCCUCUCUUCAGUGGAUUUCCUGUGUCUGGAGGGGGUGACAGAGUUUGAGUCGGGCACAGACUGGGACAGUCUUCCGGGUCGAGGACCCCCCGGUGAUGAUCACAUGAGGGAGACAUG